UCUCUCUCUCUCUCUCUCUCCUCAUUUCCUUUGUAGUUUUGAUCUUAAUUUGUUUGCCAAUGUUUACAGUCUUAAUUUUUCUUCUACUCUUUUACGUGAUCAUCAGAAAUUUGUAGUUUUUUGCCUGUUUUUGUUUGAUUUUAGUGCGUAAUUCGGUCAGGAAUUCGUAAUUUUGUUUGUUUUUUUUAUAAUUGCUCAGUAAUUAUAGCAGCAUUUGUUCAGUAAUUAAUUGCUUAGUUAUUUAUUUAUUUAUAAUUUUUUGUUUUGGCGACAUUUGUUUUCCUAUUUUUAGGAUAACUUUUAAAUUAGAGUUGCGCAGAAAAUUUCUAAAUUAGGUGGACAGAUGUAAGCAUGUUGAUAUGGUUGUAUGGGAAGACGACGACUUGAAAGCAUAGGAUUUGAAAUAAAGUUAGAAGGUUAAAUUAGCACAUAUUACGAUAGAAUGAUCUGACUAUGCUGGGUUCUGUGUUCGUCAGAUGCACCGUUUAGCAGAGUGACUUAAUGAGCAGAGAGCUAGUGCCAGUGGAAAAGAAGACAAGAAAGAACAAAAAUAGCGUGAGGUUGGAGGACUAGGAUUCAUGUUCUAGUCCACCUCAAAAUAGUAGGGAUCAAGCUAUGUUAUAGUAAAUUGUUGUCGUUGUAGUUUUUUUGUUGUUGUUUGUUUCCUUUGUUCUUCUAUACUUCCUUAAUUUUAAUUUCAAAACUAAAUGAUGAAAUUUUAUUCUUUUACUUUUGAACUUUGGUUGCAAAGUGGCAGUUUUUCUUGACGUGUUAUCAUAAUUGUUCCAAUUUGAAUAAUUUCUUUUAUAUUUAUCACUCCUUCAUUUUUUGGAUAAUAUUUGUGUAUAACACCUGAUGAAAUCAAUCUGAAAAUUCCUAAUGAUUUUCUGCCAGAUAUUACUGCCUACAGUGGUAAUGUUGUUGUUAAUAGCUGUGAGGAUGCGUGUUGAUACACAGAUUCAUCCAGCGCACCCCGUGUUUCUAGACUUUACAAAGAUGAACAGGAGCUGGAAACCUACAUACGCUCAGAUCUCUAUGGUACCUGCAACCAAAUCACGAAUUGCUCAAAUCCAAAAAUCAAGGGAGCAGUAGUUUUUCAUGAUCAAGGUCCUCAAUCAUUUGAUUAUAGCAUACGUCUUAACCACACAUGGGCUUUCUCGGGCUUUGAUGUCAAAUCCAUCAUGGACGUGAAUGGUCCCUACCUCAAUGACCUGGAACUCGGCGUAAAUGCUGUACCGACCAUGCAGUACAGCUCCAGUGGAUUUUUAACUCUCCAGCAAGUACUGGAUUCGUUUAUUAUUUUUGUGGCCCAACAAUCUGACACCAAAGAUAUAGAACUUUCUUCAUCGGCAUCACUGUCCUCUGGUGAACCUUCCUUUGUCAGCUUUCCAUGGAUGCUUUACGGCCCAUCAAACAUUCAAAUAGUGCCGUUUCCAAGUCGUGAAUACACUGAUGAUGAGUUCCAGUCCAUCAUAAAAACUGUGAUGGGUGUAUUGUAUCUUCUGGGAUUCCUCUACCCAAUUUCUCGGUUGAUCAGCUAUUCAGUGUUUGAGAAGGGGUAUACCAUUGCCAAUAUUUUCCUAGUGGUGGCUGUCCAAUGAGAAGUUCAGCAAUUGAAUCGUUUGUCCUCGCAUCAUUUCCUGGUGCAAUAUUCCAGGGGUUUAAUGGCUUGAGUGCUAAAUAUCAGGUAAAAUUUAUCUUGGAUUAAUGUUACAGAUAAUAGUUCUUGUUGAUUUCAUUUGUGUAGAUAAUGGAAUUUAAAGAAGAUAAGAAAAGAUCUUAAUCUCCGUUCUGCUGUCUAGUCCAUAUCCAUCAAGCAUUCAAUGUUUUAAAAGACAAAAAUACUUUGGAUAAUGCAAACUGCCUCAUAUUUCGGAUACAUUUAGGUCCAUAACACUCACUCUCAGUCUAAAUGCUCAGACUGUUAGCUUGUAGCUAACCAAUAUGUGGGCUACAGAGGAACACGAAUAGUGUCUAUGAGUGUGUGCGAGUGUGUGUCGGCCACAUAUGAAGGAGAAUAGCUUUCACAGUGGUCACGCGUUCAUUAACACGCUAAAGUACUGUCUUUCUUUAGUUUUCUGAAGUUAGCUUCCUUAACUUCUUGUCAACUACCGCUGUGGUGUGGGCGAUUCUUGUUAAUUGUGGCUUUUAUGAAGUGUACCCAAGUAGUGUCAGUUUGUUGAAAUAGUUCUCAAAAAUGUCGUCCACAGUUACACAUUGCCUACUUUUGUUAUUUCGUUUUCACUGUUUUCAUUUCAUAGAAAAGUUUGAGAAUUUGGAUUCCAGAGAGACAUUCUCAAAUCUUGAAAAUGCAAGAUUCAAUUUCUUCUUUUUUGUUUUGCAAAGCAGUCCUCUUGAAAGCCGUACAAUAAAAUGCUAGGAGGUUGGACCCUAAUCCAUUUCAUGUUCUCACCCCUAGCCCUGAAUUCUUGAUUUCUGGUUAGCGUGGGGCAAGGUACGUCCCUUUUGAGUGUUUUAGAUUCCCAGGUCGAGUUACCUUUUCUUGGACCGAUGUAAGCCUCUCUACUUAACGAUGGCCAGUAGGAUAAAUGUGGAUCGGGGGUCUCUUGGAUUCACCUGUGGCUCUAACAAGAUUGACAUGCGCGUAUUUUAAGUAUGGAUAGCAACUUGUAAUCUACCACAACUUUCAUUGCAGUUGCCAUAUCGACAGGGCCUCUCGCUUGCAGAUGUCUUUGGGCACCUUGAACGGAACAAGUGAAUUUCGUCAUACCUUUUCUGUCUGUUCAUAUUUCUUCAUGCUCAAUCUGACCAGUGCUGUUUAUAAUCUCUCUUUUCCGCCCUUAGGGUUGAGACCAUCAUAGAGGCUUUGUAAAUACCAGAAACGGCGUAUUGUACGUAACUUCAAACUUGGGUGAAAUGUAAUCUGUUACGAAAUUACAGAUUGACAGUUGUACC